AUGGCUAUCUGUGCCGCCGGUAGUGUUUAUAGCAUAGAUAGGCACAACUUCAUCCAGCUUCUACAGCGCCAGAUCAUGGAGCUCCAAUCUCGCCCUGAUCUUCGCCCUCGAGUGCUUGAUGGGCUUAGAGAGCUUUCUCGUCUGAUACCUGGCCUUACCGAGGCUGCACUUACUGUCGGUGACACUGUCUUCUAUGAGCUCGGCCGUGAUCUUCAGCUCCUCUUCCAGAGCUCGAUCGUCGCUCUCUCUGGGGACAAUGGGGAUCCCGUUAGUGGACGGAUCGUUGCCGAGCAACUUCUGGGUGCAGUUCCCUGGCAUCUUCCACCUCCCUUUACUCCACCUUCAUGGGAGUGA